AUGGACGACCCCUACGAAUUCCGUCCACUCCCCGACGCGUCGUGCCACAUGCGGCUCCUGACUCUGCUCGGAGCCGACGAGGCCAGCGCGCCCGUCGAAUGCAAGAUGCGGGUAGUCGGGCUCGGCAGCCAGCAGCCGGGGGAACAAGUUCCGUACGAAGCCCUCUCGUACACGUGGGGAGCGGACGUCCACGACGAGCCUGUCCGCGUCGACGGACGCCCUCUGCGGGUGACGCGGAAUCUCCACCACGCCCUCGCGCGGCUGCGACGGCACUCCUCACAACCGCCGCGCGUGCUGUGGGUCGACGCCAUCUGCAUCAACCAGGGCGACGACGACGAGAAGAACCUGCAGGUCUGCGAGAUGCGGCACAUCUACGGCCGCGCCGCAGCCGUCGUCGCCUGGUUGGGCGAG